CACUCCAUGAACAUGAACUUAUUACUGUUGUCUCCUCUGCUAACCAGCUUUCUCUAUCUGUAAGCUUCACGACCCACGUUUUUACAGGCAUGGGUUUUAUUUUUCUACCGAGCGUUGGCUACCUGUUCAGGCUUUACAUCUGCUGUUCUUAUCCCGUCCAUCGUUUCCCUAUUUAUGGCGUUAUCCCUCGCAGCUGCGGGUCCAGUAGGCUUGCGUCACUCGCCAAGGAAAACGUGGCUGGUGGUCAAGAUGUUUUACCCAACGUAGCCCUGAACUCAAACACCUAUGACCCCGUUCGACACUUCUCCUCUUACGGAGCUGCCGUAGCACAAAGCCGGAUAUAUUCAUCGUCUUUCUAUUCACCCCAAGACAACGUCGUUUUCGGCUCCAGUAGACCAUACGAGUAUGGAUCCAAUGUGUUUUACCAGGACAAGGAUGUCCUGCCAAACUGCAGGCAGACCAGUUUGGGACUAGGCGCACAAAGCUCUCUCGCACAGGAUUAUCCGUCAGAACAGGGUAGGAACGGAUCACAAGAGCAGAAGGAGAGCGUUCAGAUCUACCCGUGGAUGCAGCGGAUGAACUCUCACAGCGGAGUUGGAUACGGUUCAGACAGACGGAGAGGUCGUCAAAUAUACUCCAGGUAUCAAACUCUUGAACUCGAGAAAGAAUUCCAUUUCAACCGCUACUUGACAAGACGCAGGCGUAUUGAAAUUGCCAAUGCUCUCUGCCUCACUGAACGCCAGAUCAAAAUCUGGUUUCAGAACCGCCGGAUGAAAUGGAAAAAGGAAAGCAAUCUUACCUCCACCGUCACUGAUAUUAGUUCGGCAGGGGGGAAUGAAGAGGCGGUGAAGGAGGACACAGAGGAAGAUGAGAAAAGAAAGUGAUUUAGCCUAUUUGAUAUCUUACAAUAAGAAUGAUUCCGACCUAAUGUGAGGAUAACUUAACUACCUAUUAGGAUAGGCCUACCUAUGAAUUGUAUGGACUCUCGUCUGUGUAUUCAAACAUGACUACGUUAAUUGGAAUGCGAAAUACAGGCUUUGCUAUGAAUUAACUUUUCUUGAAGUCUAUAGCCUAUAAUGCAUUGCAAUCACUUGACAUUCCCUGUUGUAUAUACAAAAUGUGUGUAGCCGAUCGCUCUGACGUUCACCAUAGUUGUCUAGCACCACGUUCACUUGUUGUAUUAGCCUACAUCAAAAUACACCAUGAUGAUUAUGCUGAGUUCAUACCACACGGGUAAGAAAACUGUGCUGACUGACGUUCCAAAAUAAAAUGUUGAUAGAACUAUAGCCUAUCCAUGCCAUGAGUACCCAUGUACCUCUAAUAGACAGAUUGAGUAGCUACGUGAUAAUAUAAUAACGUUUAGUGUAGAGAUCAAACUCGAUGUAGCCUAUAACGUUCACGUUCUGUCAUAUUUAAUAAAAUGAUUAAUAAUGUUGUGCCUUUGCAUCCAUGUCUUUCACUAUAUUUCCGCAUUGAGUCUCACGCUUCAGUAAACUAUAUAACAUGUCUAGCGUAUAACCCAAGUUACUCAACCUUUUACAUUAGAAGUAUUGAAAGUAUUGAAGAAACUCGGCGUCAAUAAUAACGCAAAUUUGUAAACGUAGCCGAAAAACUACACUUGAAGUUCUUACAUC